AUGAGAGGGGUAAGAUCUGUACGUUUCUGGCCCAAGGACCCAGAAUUUAGCCUCAGCAGUGACAAGAAAAAGAAAGAUUUCUACGAAACCAACCAGAUUUUCAGAAAGAGCAACACGAUACUGGUGCCAUUCAUCCCGAUCAUCAACGAGACUACUGUAUACAAUCUGUGCCUGCGAACCCGCAGGCAGAAGUGUGAACAAUGUCUGAAAUCCACUUCCGAACCCAGCUUAGAGGAGGAGCUGAAUACCAACUGGAUGGAUUGUGGCUUUACUCCUCAGUCAGACAUAGAAGGCAUGAAAGCCAUGAUCAAGAGCACAGUGUGCAGCUACUAUGCACUCUUAAAUUGUAGCCAUGGCACCAUGCCUGUGCAUGAGGAGAUCUCCCUGGGCAUUGCUACUCAUGGUCUGCAACUUUGCUUCCUGCUGGCUGCUCGUUCAGAUGAUCCAGAUCGUGGUGUUGGAGCAAUAAUCUACAACAAGAAGCAGUAUAUUGUUGGAGCUGGCUAUAAUGGGUACAUCAAGAAGGCAACAUAUGGAAACUUCCCUCGCCGUGGGCGAAAAAAAAAGUCAAUACCAGCCAAAGCCAAAUCCAUGGUUCAUGCAGAAGUGAACACACUUCUCUUCAGGUCAGACAGGGACAUCGAUUCUGCUGUGCUGGUUUCUUCCAAAAUACCCUGCAAAGAAUGUGAAAUGAAGAUCAUCGCUUCUGGCAUAAAGACUAUGGUUUCUGUCAAAGAUUUGCUGGAAUCAGAGAGGGAUAAAGAAUGGAAACACAUUGUGUGGAAGUGGCCCGAAGACGUCCAAGGAAACAGCAAACCUCUGGAUUCUGAGUCUAAGCCAAAGACCGAAUCUCCUGGUGAAUCUCCUGUUGGACUGCACCGCCUGCCGAGUAAAGCUGACCUAAUGAUGUUUCUGGCUAUGCAUAUGGAAGCAUCUCCCUUGUGCAUGGAACCGAAAAAAAAGGGCAAGCUUAAAUUUUGUAAAGCAGGCAUCGCUAUCCUGAACACGGAGAGAAAUCUGAUCCUUGCUAUUGACUGCUCCAGAGGUGGGCUUCAUGCCGUGCAACAAGCGCUUAUAUCCUUUCCCAGGCAAGUGCAGGGAUGCACAGUCUACCUAUCCAGAUAUCCCUGUACCCACUGUGCGACACUACUCAUUCAAGGUGGUGUUCAGCAAGUUUGUUAUUGGCCUAACCUGGAACUGGAAAAGAAAGAUGACAUGGCUAACAUCACUCGUGUUACUCAACUGUUUGUUGAGGCUGAAGUCAUUAUUGAUAUGUACAUUCCAUUACUGAAUUUAGAAAAAGUUCGGAAGAAAAUAUCACCAAAAACAGCUGUGAUGCCGACACAUAUCAAAACAAAAUGCAACUCAUUUUUUGACUUAACAAAUAUAUUGGAUAUCCUGGAAGCUCUGGGUUCAUCGCAUAUGAAAGAAAAAGAUUUCAAGGCCAAAUUCAUGUGCGAGAUAGAAAAUGCACACACAUGCUAUUGUGAACUACUGAACAGUUCUGAUGGCAGCUUUGAACACCAAAGAUCAGCUGAAGGUCACAAUGACAAUGUGAAUGGGACACAGCCCAAUGAUGCUUUGGAGAAUGAUAAUAAGGAUAUUCAUGCCUUGCAGCUGUGCUUCCUUCUAGCUGCAAGAACUGAUAGUCCAGAUCGCGGAGUUGGAGCGAUAAUCUGCCAGGACGAAUGCUUUGUGGCAACGGGCUACAACGGUUUUGCACGAGGUUGUUACCAUGGUUGCUACCUUUCAAGUCGCGACCAAAGUGAGACUAACAGCCCCAACCUGCUCAUCUGUGCAGAGGCUAACACUCUUUAUUUCAGGCAUAAACAGGACCUGAAAGAUGCAACAUUGUACACCAGCUCAUAUCCCUGCCCUGAGUGCUUGGAUUUAAUCAAAGAAACCAAAGGUAUCACAAGGAUUGUUUGUGUGAAACCCGAAGGUGAAUUUUCCGCCACACCCAUGGAGGGAAUAACAUGUAAAAUGUGGAAACAAAACACAGGCAUAAAAGGAGAUGCCAUAAAUUGCCUGGACUUCACGAGCUCAAAUGAGAAGCUUAAGCAGGAGACCACAGAUGAGGGAGAAUGUGAGUGAAGCAACAGAUGGUGGUCAGCGUGGAUUUUACUGUCGCAGUGCCUCAGAAGCCCUGCAAGAAAACAGGACCACGCUGAGUUGAUGGGAUGACUAUUCAUACUCAGCACCCAUCAAAAAGCUUCCUUCACUAUCUUUUACAAGCAACCAAUAGUUUGUAGUUUAAAUCAUUGGUGCAAUAAUAACACUUUAAAAUUGAACAAAGGAAAUAGGAAGUAUGAAAGUCCAGUGAAAUACAAGUGCGAAUUGAAGGUAAAAUUAAGGGAGGAAAUAGAGGGAAAUUAUUUAGUUUACUGGUUGGGAAGCAGAUCUGGGAAAUAGGUGGUAGUUAGAUGGGUGGCUAAAUGUUCCAGCAGAACCAAAUCUUGAUUAGUCUAGCUGCUGUUCGGAUUCCUUUGCUGAUCAUUGAGCAGGGCGUUCACAUGUGAUGGCAGCAUUUUUCCACAUUACACAUUGCACCUGCAGACCAAGUAGGUUUUAAGGUUUCAAGGUCAGUUUAUUGUCACAUGUACCACAAAGUGCAGUGAAAUUUGAGUUAUCAUACAGCCAUACUAAGUGAAAAGUAACAAGACACACAGACACAUGAAAUAAAAUUUAACAUAAACAUCCACCACAGCGCCUCCCCACAUUCCUCACUGUGAUGGAAGGCAAUAAAAUCCAUUCUUCUCCCUCUUUAUUCUCCCGCGAUUGGGGUUGUCGAACCAUUCACUUUUAGGGACAUCAAAGCUCCCACAGUCGAUGAUCCGAAGCUCUCGCAUCGGGGUGAUCGAAACUCCCACAUCGGGAUGGUUGAAACUCUCCGAGGCUUGGAGCUCCCGAAUCGGUCUCUAACCAGGCACCGCGGUCUCCAUGAUGUUAAAGUCCACAGACCCGCAGUUACUCUCCACAGUCGAUCCCCGGCAAAGAGAUCUAUGGCAAAGAGAGCGCCGGGUUGGUUUCCAGGAACGGCUGCGCCACUCCACGAUGUUAGGCCGCAGUGGGGACGGAGAUACGAUACAGAAAAAAAUCGCAUCUCCGUCGAGGUAAGAGCCCCCCAGCCCCCCACAUAAAACCAAGGAAUUAAAACAUACUCUUUAACACGUACUUAAAAUGACAAAAACAGUAGGAAGGACAGACAGACUGUUGGCGAGAUGAAGAAUGGCUGAUUUAAGGGUGGCACAUCUGCUCACAGUGCAGGAGACCCAUGUUCAAUCCUAAUCCCAGCUGUUAUCUGUAUGGUGUCUGCAUGUUCUCUCUGCUACCACGUGGGUUUCUCCAGCUACCCUAUCCCACUCCAUAGAUGUGCAAGUUGGUAGAAUCUGGGAGUGCCGUAUCCGGUCAUCCUGCGAACCGUUGUUCCUCUUCUUACAUGGCUCUCUUCAGACCUUGUUCCUUCCACAGCUGACUUUGAGGGUGCGGAAAGUAACCCCCCCCUCCCCACCCCUCUGGGCUCCUCUUACGAGCCUUUUGUCCAGCGUCCUCCGCCAUCGCCGUAACCCUCCACCUCCUCUCUGAUUCCCAGUCUUCAGGACUGAGCAGAGGCUAGGCUCACUGGACUUCCAGGCCGAUUCCCGGUUCCACAGCGGGCAAGCCAGCCUUGCUGUUUGAUGCCGCGGCAUGCCGGGACCUUCUCACCGUGCCAAGUUGGUGGUUGGUGGUCAGCAUGGACUUGGGCCAAAGGGCCUCUUUCCAUGCUGUAUUUUCUCAUGACAUGGCCAAAAUUGAUACAAAUAACUUCUGCAUUAAAUAGCCAUAUUAGGCCAUAUUGGGUUGUUGGGCUGUGAGUAAUUGUAAAGUAAUGGAAGAACAAUUGUGGAAAGAAAGCAAAGCCCCUAGAGUGAGGGAAAAGGACUGACAGGUCAUCUUUGUGCACAUCUUUGUGCUCUCUUUUUUACACAGAGAGUGGUAAAUCUCUGGAAUUCUCUGCCACAGAAUGUAGUUGAGGCCAGUUCAUUGGCUAUAUUUAAGGAGGGAGUUAGAUGUGGCCCUUGUGGCUAAAGGGAUUAGGAGGUAUGGAGAGAAAGCAGGUACAGGAUACUUGUUGGAUGAUCAGCCAUGAUCAUAUUGAAUGGCUCGAAGGGCGGAAUGGCCUACUCCUGCACCUAUUUUCUAUGUUUCUAUGUGCCCUUCAACAGGAUCAGAUUUUAAUUCAUCAGAGAUGGUUAGCGUGUAAUGGAAUGAAAAUGACUUUAUUCUGACCAAACUCCAGCUUUAUAUUGCUUUUUACUUAGAAUACCAAUGUAUGCAAGAAUGUUAUUUUAAAUCAAAAUUUUAAUCCAGCUCAUGAUUGAAUUUGUGUUUUUAUGACAAUUAAAAUCAAUGGUGAUGGUAAGGAAAAUUCUGUUUCAUAAUUUUUUUAAAUCAAAGCUGAUGUCUACAUUUUGACAAUAUGGCCCUUGAAUGAUUGUGAAGUACUUUGAAAUGUUCAAUGAGAGGCUCAGUGUGAUUGCAGGCCUUCCUUGGGUUUGUUUUCAAUCGAUGGUCCUUUCCAAAAUUAUUAUGGGUCUCCUUUAACUAGAAGCUAAAUAAUGACCUGUAUCACCCUGCUCUACUGCAACCAAAGCGAGAGUCCAGUAAAAUGUAACAAAUAUCUCAUGAUGACCAUGGAAGCAGAUAGAAAUUGUAGGAUCAGGUGGUUGGUGACUAACUCAGUUAUGCAACUUGAUUGUAUGUACAACUUAUUCCAAAGGCCGUUUUUAAUGGUGUUUCUCUCUAUGAUCCUCAGUUGCAAUCACAAUGCUCAGUUCACUUUGACGCGUGCCAGUCCAAUUUUAUUUCUGAACGACUUGGUGGGUCUCAGUUUGGACAGAAUCUGGAAUAAGAGUGAAUCAUUUCCAGAAAGGCUGUAAUUCAAUGACUCUUGUAAUUAUGAGAGCAACAAUCAUGCUGUGAGCCACUCAGAUUUGAUUUUAGACUGAGUUGCAUCAAUGCACUGAUUAUUUAAGUUUCAUACUGCAGUGGUGGAAAUGUUUCAACGUUUCUUCCAACGUGCAAAGCUUAUCCCUGCACCUGAGAUUGGCUUGGGGUGCACACAUAAUUACCUAGACCUAGCAGAGGUCAGUUCGUGAUGGACUGAAAGGUCUUUUUCUGGGAGCAUCCUCUCCCAGCCCCAGUACCAACAAUGAUGCUCUGCCUAAACUCCCUCAGUACUUUAUUCACAUCCCUGAUGUGGGGGGUUCCACCUGAAACAUCAACAAUUCCUUUCCUUCCAGUCUCAACCCGCUGAGUUCGUCCAGCGCAUUGUUUGCCAUUCUACUACAAGCUUCGUUGCUCCAGGGAUUUCCUGGAAGAUGAUUCAAAGACAUUCUCCUGUGGAAAAUGUAACAACCUCACCAGCAAGUGACACUCAAACUGGUGAAGGAGCAUUGUGAAAUCCAUUGAGCCCCUCAGUAGCAGGACCAAGUGAAGUCUGUGCCGUCUAUGAAAGGAAUGCAGGGCAUCCCAUACAACCCAUCACCACCUGAUCCACUUGUGGCAGAGUCUA